AUUUUCUAUGGGUCCCGUCUGAGUGUGCGUGUGUGUGUGUGUGUGUGGAGCUCGUGUUGAACAGUUUCCAAAAAGCGGGGAGUCGCUCAGACACACCUUAACCGAGACAAGUGACACAGAGACGCGCUGAUGUGGCCUGAAGCCCGGCGUCCACGGAAGAAUUGAACAAGUUCAGCUGGAGAAGUCGACUUUGAGAUCCGUGUGACCCUGGUCUAUCACUGUCACCAGGGAGGAGUGUCAUGGCAGAGCCAGACUAUCUGGAGGGAGACUGUGAUGAGCUCAUCAAACCCAAAAAGCUGAUCAACCCGGUCAAGACUUCCCGAAACCACCAGGACCUGCACAGAGAGCUGCUCAUGAACCAGAAGAGGGGUCUCGCUCCUCAGAAUAAACCCGAGCUCCAGAAAGUGCUGGAGAAAAGGAAGAGGGAGCAAGUACUCAAGGCCCAGAAGGAGGAGCAGGAGGCGCACAAGAAGAGGAGCGACCUGGAGAUAGAGCUCAUGAAGAGACAACAGAAACUAGAGCAGCUGGAGCUGGAGCAGCACAAGAUGGAGGAGGAGCAGGAAAACACCCCCGAGUUUGUCAAGAUGAAGAGCAACCUGCGCAGGACCAAGCAGGAGACCGACGGCGAGGAACGAACCACCUAAAAACCAGCAGGGGUGUCUGAGUCGAGCUUGACUGUGUGUGUGAGUGUGUGCGUGUGUGUGAGUAAGUGAUGUCUGUCGGUGACGUGACCGUGGCUUUUCCCAAACCUAGCUGUUCCUUCCUGCAGUGAGGAGAGACUUUACAGACUAAACAAAAAACAAAAGGACCCCACCGUCGACUCACCUGGACUCACCGCCGCCACCUCCUCACACCCACCCAGCUGCACACAGCACCCCCUGCAGGAGGGACCGAACACAGACAUGUUACAUGCGCCUCUCAGCGGGAGGCAACGCAAGGCUCCAGCGAGCUCUGCCGGAGAAAUGAAACAACCAGACACGCACUCACCCCCUCUGGUCUCAGUCCUCUCUCUUUACUGUCAUCAAUGUUGUUCUCGUUGUUAUUUUUUGUUUUUAUCUUCUGAAUCAAAUAAGGAAAAGUGGACACUGGAUAGACUCUUGAAGCUGUGUAAUGUAAAAAAGCCAAAACAAAUGUGCUUUUGUUAUUUAUGUUUGUAGCUUUUAGCCCAAGGUUUAGGGGAGGACACUUUUAGUGGUUCUGUGUUUUGUUUUUUAUUUUUGUUUUACACUAUAGUUUAUGAAGCCAGAACAGGACAAAGGGAGUGUGAGGUUGUGUGAUUUGAAUUUUUCUUUUUUUUUUUUAACAUGCCAUUUUUCCUCAGCUAAUGCAAAAUGUGUUGGAGCAAUAGUGGAACUCCCAGGCAUGAGAGUGACAUUUUCUUUAUAUAUUCUGUCGUUUUGUAUGAAUAAAAGUGUUACAUAAUAAAUAAUUUAAGCUUUUUUAAAGUUGGUCCUUUGGACGGAGCGUCCGGCACCUGUCUGCUGUUCCUCGUGUGCUUCCACCAACAAACUCUUUUGGUAGAGGGAAGAAAAAUGAUUGGAAAUGUGCAUUCUGUCAUCUUGAGAUAUCCUCAGAUAAAAUAAGCAGAUUUAAAUCAACAAAUCUGAACCAAAAAUAAAUAAAUCACACACAAAAUGUCUAUAAAAUGACUAUGAUGAGUAUGACGGGUCUAAAUCUCUGGUUUGUGGGUCUCUAAGAGACGACAGCAUGAUUAUUAUCAUGAGAGGAAAAGUUACAUAAAUGAUUUCCCUGUGUUCUUCACCAGAAUCUUCUUUUGAAUAAACAUCAUUUAACAUG